AUGAAGUUGUCCCCCGCCAACGCGACCUACAUUAGCCAUCUCCUGAAUUGGUACAGCGAAGCAAAUCUGGCACCGAGGGCAUUAAACUCUCGAGAUGGUGGAGAUGCUGUUGACGUUGUGCCUCUCCCAUCCGGCACGGAGUAUUCGGAGAUGUGCGUCCGCCGAGCCAAAGGCGACCAACUGCAGGGAGACGAGCACCGGCUCACCGAGAUAGAAGACCUGGCGCCUGUGGAGUGGUUGGCCAGGUGGCAACUGAGAAGCUUGGAGCAGCUGGGGCAUGAAAGCGUUGCGUCGCAGCCACCGGCGCGACGGGGCUUUGUGGGGUGGUUGCGAGGAGCCUCGGAUAGGGCGACAGCAACAGCAUCGCAAGGCGAGGAUGACGAGGCCUUGGAGGACAUUGUCGAGGAAGCUGGGAAGCAGAGUUUUUUUGAGGAGGUGGAGGAACCUCGAAAGCUUGAGGUUCGUCUUGCGAUUCCUCACUGUACAAUUCUUUCGUGCUCUCCAGCGCUCUCGUCGAGUCCAGUCCCCGAUUUGUGCAUCGAAGGUGGUGUUCAAUGUCAACUCUCACUCGCCACGGCUCGAGAAGGCUCCAUGGCUAACUUCAUGAAGGCUGCCUGGGAUGCGGAUGUGAGUGCCAAUCUCUCCUCCGUGGCUGUGUUGCUCGGAAAGGAGCCUUUGAUGCUACUUCGCCGUAGCGCAGAUGUCGAAGUCACACUGCCGAAAACGGUAUCCGUUGAUGACGACGAUGAGUUCUUCGACGUACAAAGCGACAUCGAGGAAACCACAGACAGCACUUUGCAGGAGGCUGCGGUCACACUGAAACUUCAUGUCGCACGAUUCGGGGGAAGUGCUAGCUCGAGCUCCUUGCCCUGGGCACUACGCGUGCGGCUGAAGCAGGAACCCUUCAGGUUCAUGUUGGCACCUCACAGUAUGCACGAUGCCUUGAGCACGGUCGUGGCAGUGUUUAGAGCAGCUACUUCCUGCCGCCGUGUGUCAAGUCCUUCGGAUCCUUGCAUGAACACGAACCUGAUCGAGAGAGAUCCGAAGUCGCCCGCAGCAGCGGCUGACCAUCUGGAGGCGCCUCCAGAUGCAUCCGAGGCCCUUGCUCUGGACCUGGAUUUGGAUGUUGCAGCUCCAGUUUUUCGAUGGGGUCUAUUGCCCUCGGGACACGUCACCAUCGCCCUCGGUCGCUUGAUUUUCCGCACGAGCAGCCAGCAGCCGCCAGAGCAAGUCUCACAACCAGAGAGGUGCGAGUGGCGCAAGUUCUCCUGUUUUUGCCAGCUGACCGAGACAAGCGUGACGGCCCAAUCGGAAGAAGCUGAGGAGUUUCGAGUUUACGAGCCGGCAACCAUGAACCUCCAAGCCUGGCGAGAUGCAGAAACCAAUGGCUGGGACUUCAGCCUGGAGAGCCCAUCCGUCCGGUGGAUCGUCGAUCCAGUCUUCUUGAAGGUGGCCGGACAGCUGCCAAUCAGCUUGGACCAUGCCAUCAGUCCUUUGCGCGAUGUCAUGUCUCAGGUAUUGACUGAUCCCGGCGUGAGCUCCGCGAAUGCGGAAGGAACCCUGGCACAGUCCCAAGAAGCGAAGGUCCUUCAGGAGCCUGGAGGCAAAGUACACCCCAAGGUUCACGUCAAGCUGAGCAUCGCGACUACACAGCUGGUUUUGCACCCUGCGUCUGGCCACAAGGUCUCGUUGGAGUUGGAUGGAAUUCUGGCCCAGUAUUCGGGCUAUGAAUCUCGCAACGACAUCUUGGGCGAGGUCGCGCUUUGCCACCUCUCCUGUGACAGUACGGUGCUGGUUUCCUUCACCCGCGGUGCAUCGCUUCAGGUUAGAAGUGCAGAUCAUCAUGUAAACGUUCGCGGAGGCAGCACUUUGAUUGCUGUACGGUGGCACGAACAUCCCAUCCGCGAGGUCCUGGGAGCCUUCUACGAGGCUUGGGAGGCUCUGGCCGCUGGACACGAGCACGUGCAGGGCCUUCUGCCGGUUGGAGACAGCGCUGGGAUGUUUGCCAAGCUUUGGGGUGCCUAUGUGGUCCAUCCAAUACAGGCGCGGGUGAAGCAGAAGGCCGCACGGCGGCUUGCUGAACUAGUUCCAGGAGUGGAGCAAGGUGCAGCGCCGGACGCCGGUCUGGCAGCGCAGCAGGACACCGAACAGGAAAGCCACAAGAGCAGUGAGGACGCGGAAGGCCUCCAACCUCGGGGUUCCUGCUCUGUGGAGGUGGUCCUGUUCUACGAAGGUUUAGAUAUCGUUUUCCCCGGGAGCGAACAGCGCGAAGGUCCUCCCGAUGGACCACCUGUGGUGCAGGUUGGUGUCAAUGGCGCCGAAUGUUCGUUUCGAGCAUUUCAAUCCGGAGACGCUUCUGCUGCCGUGUCGCUGGUGGCCGUGACCCUCGAACUAGACGGCCGGAGGCUGCUGAUGCCGCGACGAGGGGAGAAGCUUCUCAAGGUGAACAUCCUCCGCCGAUCUCGUGUUGAACCGGCCCUGUCAUGGACGGCAUCGUGGGCCCAGAUCUGCAUUCUCUUCAGGCAGAGGGAUUACGAUAUGCUCGUGGCUUUCGUGAGCAAAUCCAUCAAGGAUGCCAUGCCGUCAAGAAGAUGGCCCGAGGCACUUCCUGGAGAAACUGGCGGCCAGGUGGAAAAGCCCGAUGCCACGAAAAGCAGCGAGGUUGAGCAGCCCGGAGCACGUUUUCAGCUGGACAUUGGAGCACCAAUGGUGUUUCUGCCAACGGACGGGCGCUGCCUUUCUCCGCCGAGGCUGCAGAGUGCCGGAGGGCAGCUGGAGGUGGACGAAGCUUGCGGCGAGCCUCUUUACAGGCCACGAACAUUUGAACCUCUUGGAACUUUGGGCUUCCGCAUCUCCGAGACUUGA